GUCAUGGGACGAGUUUGCUUCUCCUCAUCCUUGUGACUCAUGAGUUAGAAGAAGCAGCUGAUGAGUCGAGCGGAGCGAAGAUGGAGGAGUUUUCCCGCUGCGUGACGGAGGCCGGCGGCUGGCUGAGGAGCUGCUGCUGGUGCGAGGAGGAGGAAGAGAAGGAGGAAGAUGGAGGACCAGAGGAGGAGGAGGACAGUCCCAGGAGCUGCAGGAACUGGACCUCCAUCCCGCCUUCUGUGGUGGGACCCGAAGCUCCCGACCCGUCUGGACCUCAGCCUUACUGGUUCCACACGCUGCAGGUCCGACGGCUCAGGACUCCAAGAGGACGAAGCAACAGUGACCCGCUAAGAGCAGCGACUGCGCAGGAAGUCUUCACCUGGAAAGCGGGUCUGGAGUUCGGAGCGGCCCGGUCGUACCUGAGUCUGGAGAAGCUGGGAGAAGGGUUCGCCUCCGUCUACAAGGGCAUAAGCAGGAUCAACGGCCAGCUGGUGGCGCUGAAGGUGAUCCGUAUGAAGACAGACGAGGGGAUCCCGUUCACCGCCAUCAGAGAAGCUUCUCUCUUAAAGCAUCUGAAACACGCCAACAUCGUCCUCCUGCAUGACAUCAUCCACACCAGAGAGACGCUCACCUUCGUCUUUGAAUAUGUGCAGACAGAUCUGGCCCAGUAUAUGACGCAGCACCCCGGUGGACUUCAUUCGCACAACGUGCGGAUCUUCAUGUUCCAGCUGCUGCGAGCCCUCAGCUACAUCCACAGUCGCAGGAUCCUGCACCGAGACCUGAAGCCCCACAACCUGCUCAUCAGCUACCUGGGAGAGCUCAAGCUGGCCGACUUCGGGCUGGCCCGGUCCAAGUCCAUUCCUGCCCAGAACUUCUCCUCAGAGGUGGUGACGCUGUGCUAUCGGCCCCCCGAUGUCCUGAUGGGAUCCGUCCACUAUUCUACGGCCCUGGACAUGUGGGGGGCAGGCUGCAUCUUCAUAGAGAUGCUGCAGGGAGCGCCAGCGUUCGCAGGAGGUUCUGAUGAGCUGGAGCAGCUGCAGAACAUCUGGACGGUUCUGGGCGUCCCAGAGGACAGCUGGCCUGGGGUCAGUCUGCUGCCUCAUUACACACCAGAGUGCUUCAUUCACUGCAGGCCGAAGCUUUUUAGAGAUGUCUGGAAAAGGUUGGAGCAGCUCUCCUGUAAGACUGAUGACCUGGUCCAGAAGAUGCUCAGGCUGGUUCCGACAGAACGGAUUUCAGCUCAGGAGGCUUUGCAGCAUCCAUAUUUUAGCACGCUUCCUGCUCCCAUCAUGCACCUCAAAGAUGCUGUGUCCAUCUUCAAAGUCCCUGGAGUUCGCCUGGAGACAGAGUUCAGAGACAUCUUGAACCCUGGACGGAAACUGAAAUCUGCCCGGCUUCCUGCCGCCGGCUGCUGGUGAUCAAAGCACCAAUCAGAUCAACGGGACCUGACAAGACGAGGGAAGGGGCAAACCAACCCUUUAGGGAGAUGGAUUCAUAAACUUGGGAUAGAUUUCUGAUGCUCUGGUCCAGGGCAGCUGCGGCUAUGAUGCAGCUUUGGAGUCCUCUGGACUUGAUCAACACUAUGCAGAACAAUUAGCAGAGAGCGUCUCCAGUGGGUGUGGUCCUUCCAGUUCUUUUCCUGAAUCGACACCGAUCCAGAGAGUCUUUCUGCUCCUCCAGAAACAGGUUCUGGUCCACAGGGCGUAACCGUUCUGUUUUGUUUCAGGCUGCAACACGUCUCCGUCUCUCACUGCGUUCCUGUUUGUGCAUUAAGUUUCAGUCUGUCCUCACGUCUCUAGUGACAAUCGGCUGCAGACAAGUUUCCACGGGAACUUUCAUUAGUUAUUUCGAUGUUCUCAUUGGGAUCAGUUACCAUGAUGACCUUCACAAUUGAACAAGCCUCUAUUUCCAUGGUUCUGUUAGAGAGCAGGCAGACGGAGGAGAUGCUCUCUGAAGCUCACUUCUGCCUGACCAUUGAUGUUGGGACUGAGAGCCAGAAGCUGUAACUGCUGAGAUGUUUAUACAUUUAUGUAUAUUUGUUUGUUCAUUUGAUUUCCAAAGAAAUGAAAAGAAAAGCAUUCAGAGCUCUGCUGAAGCCUGUUGUUGCCUUUUUCACCUUGACUGCUGGUUUUAUCCUGUUGAAGGUUUAAACCCCCACAGGGCUUUAAAACGGUUAUUAUUUUCAAUAAUGAUUAGAAAUACCGAUCAAUAAAUGCCUCGGCUUCCCUUCGCCUCCACCAGGUGGCAGCAAAUAUCAUAUUAGUUCUCU